UGGACCCUUUAAUUAUCGGAUCAAAGCUAUCGACUUUAAGGUACUUUGGAACAAAAUCGAGUUUAAAUUUCGAGAAACGACCAUCGUCUCGAAAGUUAUUGAGCCAAAGCAAUAGAUCCCACUUUAGGGAUAUUCUUGAAUUUUGGCUAAGUCAUAAUAUCCGCGAGAGCAGCCGUUCGACGUCGAGCUUCGGUUGUCGAAACCAACGUAAAAAACGUCCGAGGGGGAGCGCUCGUGUUGCUGUCGGCCGCUCGCUGUGGUUCACAUGUACGUCCCGCGCACGAGAGAAUCCACCCGCUAUCAAGAAUUCAAGAUACUCUUCGCCCUCGGGCUUCGCAUGACGCACGAACGCAAGCGCUAGAGGAAGAGGAAGAGGAGAAGAGACGAGAAGAUAACCUCCAAGAACCUCCUCCUUCGACGCUCUCCCGUUCCCAUGUCUCCUCCCUCCCUCUUUCUUUGACCUUCGUCUCGAAGCUCGCGUAAAGCUGCGUUUUUGCCCCAUCUUUCUCGGCACCCAGAAGCUCCGAAGGGAAGGAAGAGUUGAUACGCGGGCCUUCGUGUUCAUCUCUUCUUGGGUUUUUUGCGGCUUUUGGUUGAGCCUGGGCUUAGAUGGCGGAUGUGGUUCGAUUGUCUUCAUUGGGUUUCUCUUCUUCUACUUCUUCUUCUGCUCUGACGCCGUCCUCUUCGCGCCAGCAUGCCCUCUGCCCUCCUCAGAAGCUCCACAGGAGGUCUGGUUUUUCUGCGAAUUGUUCCCACGGUGGGGGUGUGGCGGGUCUUGGUUUCGGACCCCGAAAGCAAUUUGCCUCGUUGAAGGCGCAUGCAACUGUUACUGAAACGGACCAGCCAAAAUGGUGGGAGAGGAAUGCCGCACCCAAUAUGGUUGACAUUCAUUCUACACAAGAGUUUUUGAGUGCGUUAAGUCAAGCUGGAGAAAGACUAGUAAUUGUUGAAUUUUAUGGGACUUGGUGUGCUUCUUGCAAAGCAUUAUUUCCCAAGCUCUGCAGGACAGCCCAGGAACACCCCGAAAUCUUAUUCCUUAAAGUCAAUUUUGAUGAAAAUAAGCCAAUGUGUAAAAAUUUGAAUGUGAAAGUGCUUCCUUAUUUUCACUUCUAUCGUGGUGCUGAUGGACAACUGGAGUCCUUUUCAUGCUCACUUGUGAAGUUCCAAAAAAUUAAGGAUGCCAUCCAAAUGCAUAACACUGAGCGUUGCAGCAUUGGACCACCUAAAGGGGUCGGUGAUCUUAUUCUAGAACCUGCUUCUCCUUGGAAGGAUAAAUCGGCAGGAGCAACUUCUGCAUAAAACUCUUAUCAUAAGGAUCUGUCUAAAUCAGCUAUAGUGCAGCAAGCAGUCUCAAUAUGUAUAUUUACGCCAACACGGUGAAGCGACGUUCGUAAGUUGUUUUCUGAUUGCAUAUUUGCAAUUCUUGAAGAAUUUUUGGCUUUGGCUAUUGAUGUAUUUAGUUUGAAACAUCAAAUAGAAAUGUAACUCUUGCUAGUAUAUUUCCUCUGAUGAUACCUCAGUAGAUUUUUCCUGAUCA